CAUACCUACUCCUUCCCACGAAUGUUCCUUACCAAACGAGCAUACAAAGCCACCUGCCUCCCUUGUCGUCAAUUCAGCUUCAACUACCCUUGCCCUCGAAACCUUCGUGAAAUCAUGAAGAUGUCGCUGAUAGAAAUCGAAUCGCCUGAAACAGUUAAAACUAUCUGGUCCACCUACCAUAAAGAGCGUAAGAACACUAUCUGUCAUGUUUUCAGUGCCACUCAGUACCAGCAGUUCCAUCAGAAUCUGACUUAUGCGCCUAUAUUCCUGUACCCCAUGAAGAAGCCAGGGGGUCACUACAACUUGGUCAGUCAGGCCCAGAACAAGUCUAUUCUAUUCACAACUUUGGAGGAGUACAGGCAGAAUCCAGGCAGUGCGAGUCCUUACUUGAUUUUGACCAUGUAUAAUGAACUGCUCAUUUCGAAAGGACUUGGUCUUAUGAGAGGCGAUAUCUUCGGUAACUUCCAAGGGGACGAAGCCACCAAGCUCAUGCACAUGUGUAUUGACUCGUACAUGAACGAGAGCAUGUACCAGUACGCCAAGAGGUUCAAUCAUGAACCUGACAGGUUUAAUAUUGAAGGAUAUACUGAGAUGGCACUGGCUAAGCAAGUGUAGAAAAAUAGAGCAUUGUUCAAUUUUUAAG